UAGUUCGAGUUUGAUUUCAUGCUGAAGAGUCGUAACAGAGCAAUAUGGCACACGGCCAAAUUUUCAAGCCUACUGUACAAGAUAUAUCCGAUAUACAAUACUUCUACUUCCUUGUCGCCAGUUGUCCUCAGUUUACACCGAGGUUGUUUCGCGGACAGUACUGCUGCAGUGCCGGCGCGUUCUGACGAGAUGCUGACCACGCUUCUGCUCCUCUCCGUACUGGUGGCUUCGUAUGGCGGGCCUGGAGCCGGACAGGCUGAACAAGACCUUCAGUGUCCAAGUCUAAGAUCACCUGAGAACGGAAGGCGAGUGGGCACGAGGACCACCGUCGGAUCCACCGUACACUUCUCGUGCUUCAGCGGGUACACCCUGUACGGGUCCCCGCAGAGAACCUGUAGAGAGGACGGUACCUGGAACGGCACGGACACAACCUGUGACGAUGAAAGAUCCGAUUGCCCAGUUCUACCGACACCCGUCAACGGCAGAAAGACUGGGAACGGUUACAAUCGUUAUGACGUCAUCACCUUCCACUGCAACCCUGGGUACGAGAUGCUAGGGUCCCGGAAACGGAAGUGCCUGAAGUCCGGAGAAUGGUCGGGGGAAAACACGAGAUGUUUGGGGCGAAACGAUUUCGACAGUGUCCCGGAUGUUGCUGCAAACUUCGGCAUGGGAUUGGACGCCCUCGCGCAUGCGUCCUGCUCCAGCCAGGUGGAUACAAACAACCGGGACCAGUGCAGGGGAUCCAGAGCGAGGUUCCUCAACACCAACAACCCGCACGGACUGGAUCUCUACUUUGUCUUCGACGCGUCAGGAAGUGUCGGCUAUCACCAUUACAACGCCUCCGUUAAUUUCGCAAAAGCUCUUAUUCAGAAGGUUGGAGUAUCUGCUCUUCCUGGCGGAACCCGGGUUGGAGCCAUCGCGUUCGCCUCCCAGACAAAGGUGUUAUUCCGCACACAGGAGGCCCUGUCCGUCCGGGAUGCACUGGGACACCUAGACAACACCAAAUGGUCUGACCUAUCCGAGGAGAUAAACACUGGCUCGAACACAAGGCAGGGUCUGACGUUUCUGAGGAACAUGAUCAUCGCCAACAAACAAGCUUCUCCUGAACGGAAGGCCAAACAGGCGGUUAUACUCAUCACCGACGGGGUUCACAACAUGGGCGGCGACCCUUCGGUAGAGGCGGAGAAGUUAAGGGAAGAAGAGGACGUCGAAAUGUUCUGCAUCGGUGUCGGGAAGGACAUCGUCAAAUCCCAGCUCCAGAAUAUCGCCUCUGAUCCUCCAAGAGAGCAUUUCUUCGUCUUAAAGGACUACUUAACGUUGGAGUGGCUCAUAUCAAACAUGACUAACAACAAAAUCGAUUAUUCACUGUGCGGUGUAUCAGGACGAACAACUCCCCCGAUCCAAGGUAAAAUCAUCGGCGGGGUGACCGCCCAGCCUGGAGCCUGGCCAUGGCAAGCCGCCAUCUUUGUUGGCAGAAGCGUUCGGAAGAGUAAGUUCCACUGUGGAGGAGUGUUGGUGGACAGGGAGUGGGUGAUGUCAGCGGCGCACUGUUUCCCACCUGACAGAAACAUCACGGAGUUCAGGAUAUAUCUGGGGUUGUUAGCACGUAGUGAGAAAGACCUUGGCAACGAAGUACAGGACUUCGGACUCCGCGAGCUUCACGUCCACCCCGGGUACGACCACGAGCGGCUGGACUUUGACUACGACAUCGCCAUGAUCCGACUGUCCCGUCACGUGACGCUGGGACCUUACGUCAGGACGGCGUGCCUGCCUGGAGACAUCAAAGAUGAAGAAUUUAGACGGGAGAGUGCUGGUUACGUCACCGGUUGGGGCGUGACCUCGUCAAUGUCAUGGAGGCACGCCAAGGUCCUCCAGCAGGUCAGGCUGCGCAUGCCCGUGCGCAGCGAUGGCGAGUGCCUGCGCGAAAUCAGGGACAACAGUAAAUCCGGACAGGCGCUGUCGUACACGGACAGGAUGUUCUGUGCGGGACACCGGAGCCGGGACCGGGGAGGACCCCGGGACGCCUGCCGAGGGGACUCCGGGGGACCCUUCGUCGUCAAGCACGUUAAGAAGGAGGACAGGUCUGAGAGAUGGGUUCUGGCCGGGCUCGUGAGUUGGGGCGUGUCUCCGGUCUGUGACGGCAGAGGGUACGGGUUCUACACUAACGUCACCAGCCUCAUGGCGUGGGUCAGGGGUGUUCUUCCAACAGAAUCAACGACAGCUGCACCCGUAUCAGCCGAUUCGUCAACAUUCCCUACAGUUCCAACAGACUUAACAACAGCUUCCUACGAACCAGUCAAGUCGUCCACACCCCAGAAAGAUGUAACAACAACAACAACGACAACAACAACGACAACAGCAACAACAAACCUCCGCCCCACUAACCCCCCCAACCACAGCGGAGCCCCGGGGACAGGCGAGCUGACAUCACGGACUGCGGGGUCGUACCGAAGAGGCUGGGCGGCCGUACGCGUGGUCUGCGGUUCCCAGCGGGGCUUGUGCCGGUGGGAGGGAGGGACAGACCCCGCCCACGCAUCUACGGCGGCACGGACUCGAAAAAAGGAGCCUGGCCGUGGCAAACAGCUCUGUUUCUGAAGACAGAACAGGGAAACAACAAGUAUUUCUGUGGCGCCUCCCUACUGAAGGCACGAUGGGUCGUUACCGCCGCGCACUGCAUCACGGGAGAAGUAUAUCGCCAAGGCAACAUUGACACCGACAUUGUUGUAGGAUUAGGUACAUGU